CCUUUAUCACCUCUCCAAUUUAGCAAUUUCACUUCGUCGAAUCCCUUUCAAGAUAUUAAAUUUCAAGGAUGCAUUGGGGCAUGAUUUCAUAAACUGAACCAUUGUCGACCUCGAUUAUAAUUAAUUUUUUUCCUGUGUGCAAUUGACUUUUGCGUUGUAAAACUUUGAAUUAGGGUUUUAGAUGGUACGUGAGUUUCAGAUGUGUUUGUUAUUUUGUGUAAGCCAAACAAUCAAAACCAAAUGUCUAGCUAUUUUGGUUGGUUUCGAUUUUGUAGAAUUAGAAUAACAAGCAAAUUGUAAGUAGAAGGAGAAAGAGAGGGAAAUAAAUUAUCUUUUGGAACAUAUUUGAGAUAAUUUUUAUGGGUAAUAAAUUGGGAAGGAGAAAGCAAGUGGUGGAUGAGAGGUAUACACGCCCCCAAGGGUUAUAUGUUCAUAAAGAUGUGGAUGCCAAGAAGCUGAGAAAGAUGAUACUUGAUUCAAAGCUCGCUCCAUGUUAUCCUGGCAAUGAAGAGUGCUGUUAUGAUCUCGAAGAAUGCCCAAUUUGCUUUUUGUAUUACCUGAGUCUCAACAGAUCGAGAUGUUGCAUGAAAAGUAUAUGCACAGAGUGUUUUCUACAAAUGACGAAUCCAAAUUCAAGCCAUCCUACCCAGUGCCCCUUCUGCAAAACCUCAAACUAUGCUGUUGAGUACCAAGGUGAGAAAACAAAGGAGGAAAAAGGGAUCGAGCAAAUUGAAGAGCAACGAGUUAUAGAGGCAAAAAUUAGAAUGAGGCAGCAGGAACUUCAGGAUGAUGAAGAGAGAAUGCAGAAAAGACAAGAAUUGAGUUCUUCAAGCACCAAUUUUGUACUGGGGGAAUUUCAAUACAAUUCAGUUGAAGCUCGAUCCUCUGAGGAGGAAAUGGUUUCUUCACAAGAAUUGCAGGUUGCCUCAAUGACUCAACAACCACCACAUACCAGGACAAACAGGGAUGAUGAGUUUGACAUAGAUCUUGAGGAAGUAAUGGUCAUGAAAGCAAUUUGGCUGUCAAUUCAGGAUAACAGAAGACAUAGAAAUUCUAACAAUGGAGAUGCUGCUGCUGCUUCAGUACAAUAUGUAUCCAGAGAUUGCUAUAUUCCACCAGCGAUGGCCACAGUGGCCAGUUCAUCAUCAUCAUCGUCUCCUUCUGGUGGUUUUACUUGUGCAAUAGCUGCCCUUGGUGAGUGUCAGCCGAUGGGCGGGGCAUUUUCUCUCGACCAGAAAGGAAAUGUGCCAGCAUUCAAUAUGUUUCACGGAAGCAGCAGGUUUUGUAAUAGGUUGGACCAAGUUGCUGAGAACUGUCCUGCAGAGAGUCCGGUUGACGGGCCAGCUGAUAAUCAUUUGACACCUACAAGAGAUGAGGGGGAAUGGGGAGUUGAUCAUGGAUCAGAGGUGGCUGAAGCGGGUACUAGCUAUGCAAGCUCUGAUGUUACAGAUGAUGUUGGUGAUAUUUCUACAAUAUCACAACAAGAUGUAAUAAGGGGUAGCUUUCCUAAUGUUUUAGGACACAUUGUUCCUGAAAGUUAUGAGGAGCAGAUGAUGCUGGCUAUGUCUGUAUCUCUGUCGGAAGCUAAAGCCAUGAAAAGUGGCUCGGGUGUUCCAUGGAAAUAGUUUUAUGGCCAAGCUAUCAUUGGUCAUCUUUCUCAAACAGAUGAUGCUGGCGGUGGCAGUUACGAGCCGAGUUUGGAGCUGUGACAUAAUGCACGAGUAGUUCCAAUGCAACUGGUUUAAAAGGUCAAGGUAGUAACGAUCCCUUUUGCUUCCUCACACUACUAUAAUUCCAUAUAUAGAUAUUUGAAAAGGUAAC